UGGAAAUGAGACACACUGUAAAAUUGUGAAAUGUGAUAAAUUGAAUAAGACAGCCAAUGUUAUCAUGUCGGGAUGUGGAAGAGCGUCAUUUUCCUAUGGUGAUAAAUGCCUGUUUUACUGUGAGCAUGGUUACAAAGCUGUAAGUGGAACAAAAGAGAGACAUUGUCGGGAAAAUGGGACUUGGUCAGGUUCACCUCUAACAUGCACAGUUGUCCAGUGCAGCUCCCUAACUUCACCCGAACACGGCCAUGUCACACCAAGUCAGUGCCUCAACAACCCUCCAUAUGGAACUCUUUGUCAAUUUACUUGUCAGAGAGGAUACCGAGUCAACGGCUCAGACAUAAGGACUUGUUCUUCUUCUGGCAACUGGUCGGACAAUGCGUUAAUUGUUUGCAAAGAUAUUGAGAAACCUGCCUUUACGUUUUGUCCUGGGAACUUUGAGGAAUAUGCCGACAGUGCAUUGAACUACACCACAAUACAGCUGCCUACCAUCAAUGCUACAGACAAUUCAGGUCAACAGCCUCUUGUUAACUGUAGUGGGAUACGAGACAAGUACUACAUCGGAGAACACGUGGUAAGAUGCACUGCUAGGGAUGGAGCGGGAAAUGAAGACACAUGUCAAUUUUCAAUUCAAGUGAGAUUUAUUUACUGCCGGCCUCCUUUUCCACCUCGAAAUGGCUUCAUUAUCGGUAACUGCAACAACACACUUGGUUCCGUGUGCAGCUUUGGAUGCAAGGAAGGGUACAUUUUACAGAAUGGAGCUACGAAGCGCACUUGUCUGCUGAAGGCGCCCAAUCAAAUACUAGGAUACUGGAAUGGAUCUGAGCCAUCUUGUAAAAUUCAAAGAUGCAGUGUUCUCUCGGCUCCGGAGCAUGGCUGGAUCUCGCCCUGGUUUUGUUCUACUGAAAGGCCUGUUUACGGAUCAUCUUGCGAAGUAGGUUGCCACGUUGGAUUUAGAGUGAUUAGUGGCGUGGAUCAAUUUUUCUGUGGAUCAAAUGGACAAUGGAGUAAUGACACAAGCAAAAUUCUGCAGUGUGAAGACGUUACUCCACCGUCUUUUGAGAACUCCUGCCCUUCCGACAUCCUUGUUUCAUUGAAUAUCAAUGGGAGUGCAGAGGCAAAUUGGACAAUUCCUAUAGCCACCGAUAACAGCGGAAUUGCACCAGCCGUUAAUGUCAGCCCCAUCGGCGUUCGUCCACCAUAUAAGUUUAACGAAACAUCGACUGUAACGUACACUGCUGUUGACUCAAAUGGCAAUGUCGCUCCGUGCACCUUUCGCAUCCGAGUUGAAGACGACAUGGGUCCUCAGGUUUUGUUUUGCCCAGCAAGUUUCACCAUCAGAGCCACAGCUCAAACAAGCAUCGUAACCUGGGAUGCACCGAUCUUUAAGGACAACAGUCUGGGCAUUAUUGAGCCACAGUGUAACAGACAGAGUGGAGAUUCCUUCUACUGGGGGGACUGGAACAUAUACUGUCGAGCGUAUGACAAUAACCCAAACAAUGAGCCAGCAGUGUGUUAUUUUGUCGUAACUGUCAAACCUCAAGAUUGCAUAGAGAAACGCCCACCAGAGAAUGGCGCUAUGGCUUGCGAUGACUGGAUGUUUGGACGAUUUUGUUCCCCAUUCUGCAAUGACCGUUACGACUUUGCAGAGGUUUUGACCAGUUCAGUCUGGGCAUGCGGUGCGAGUGGAGUAUGGCUACCACCUGGUGACUGGCCGGACUGCGCAGCGAGUUCGGUCCCUAUUUCCGAGAGAAAGACUAACAAGCUACAUUUCUUCAGUGGAAACUGUUCAGAUCCAGACGUCCAAAGACAAAUAAAGGAACAGUUUAUACAGUUGUUGAAUGAUUCCGUGUUCAACGAAGUCUGUCAGGCUGAUACCUUAAGGGACAAAUGUAAGGCUGAUAAUGUGAAAGUGACUUGUUACAGUGAUAAAAGACGAAGACGAAGUCUCUCAGGUAUCAAAGUGCAGGAAUUCCUUCUAAGGAUUCGACGUUCUGUUUUGGAAGAAGCUGUUGUAGAAUUUGAUAUUGUUGUUGAACUCUCUGGCCUCAGAAAUGACAGUAAUCUCACUUCCGCGAAUAUGAAAGACAUCAGUUCUGAAGCAACAGCAGCUUUGGAAAAUGCUGCACUUAAACUGGAGAAGUCGGUAGACGCAGGCAAUCUCAGUGUCUUUGUCGAAGGGGAAACCCUCGUACCAAAAGUAGGGUCCUUUGUUACCUCUGAAGUCCAGAAAACAUGCUCUGAAGGGCAAGUUAUCAAAAACAAGCUGUGUGUGAACUGCCCGAUUGGUUACUACCUCAACAUCAGUAAAAACGAAUGCCAAGAAUGCCGCAAGGGGUUUUACCAAGACAGUGAAGCACAGGUGGAGUGUAAGAGCUGUCCACUGGGGAUGUCAACAGUAGACAAACGAUCACAAAACUCUUCAUAUUGCAAAGCUUUUUGCAAGAAAGGAUUUUUCUCUCCCACUGGUUUGGAGGGAUGUUAUCCUUGUGAAAAGGGACAGUAUCAGAAUCUAACUGGGCAGACAGAGUGUCUUGCUUGUGGAGGGAACAUGACGACCCCUGGAGAUGGUGCAACGAGAAGUAGCGAUUGCGCAGAACCUUGUCAGCCUGGAACCUUUUCAAAUACUGGUUUGAAGCCCUGUGUACCAUGCAACAGACGAUCAUACCAGCCCAACUUUGAGCAAAAGAGUUGCAUUAAUUGUUCUGGAACAAAGGCUACUCUUCAAGGUGGCUCGACGAGUUCUUCAAGCUGCAUAGAAAUAAAUGAGUGCGAUUCCAAUCCAUGCCAAGACAACAGUACCUGUACCGACCUUAUAGCAGAUUUCCGCUGUACUUGUGUCCCUGGCUUCACUGGUAAACAAUGCGAAGUAGACAUUGAUGAAUGUGCCAGCUUUCCAUGCCUUAAUAAAGCCACAUGCAAAGAUCAAAUAAAUUAUUUCGCCUGUGAUUGCAUCCCUGGCUUUAUUGGUAAGACCUGUGAACAAGAGGUCGAUGAGUGUGAGUCUAAUCCGUGCAUAAACAAUUCUACUUGUGAAGAUCUUGUCAAUAUGUUCAAGUGUCACUGUGAACCAGGCUACGUUGGAGAGAAGUGUGAUCUAGAAGAGGAUGAAUGCAAAUCUAAUCCGUGUCUUAAUGGCGGCACUUGCAUUGACAAAUUCAAUUCUUAUCAGUGCACGUGUGUCACAGGAUUUAGAGGUCGAAACUGUGAAGAAAACAUCAACGACUGUUUACCAGGAAACCCUUGCUUAAAUGGAGCUACCUGUAUUGAUGGUGUUAACAGCUACAAAUGUCAGUGUGAGGCAGGAUUUAGUGGUGAUCACUGCCAAACUGAUAUUGAUGAAUGCUCCUCUAAUCCAUGCCAAAACAACGGAAGCUGCUCAGAUCAGACCAAUGGCUAUGUUUGCGUCUGUCCAAGAGGAUUUUACGGGAGUGACUGUCAAUUUGAAAUCAACGAGUGCGCCACAGAACCAUGCCAAAAUAACGCCACCUGCAUUGAUGGAGUUGGCCAAUAUAUUUGUCGAUGCCUCAAAGGAUUUGAUGGAAUUUCGUGCGAGCAAAACAUUGAUGAAUGUAGCUCUGGGCCAUGCUCCAACAAUGCUUCAUGCAUAGAUGGUUAUGGAGAUUAUAGCUGUGACUGCUCUCCCGGGUUUUCUGGAAAAACAUGCAACAUUGACAUUGAUGAAUGCAAGUCGGAUCCGUGCUUAAAUAACGGUUCCUGUCUAGACGGGAUUAACGAGUUUGAGUGUCAUUGUGUUGAGGGAUUUAGUGGUACCCACUGUGAAAUUAACAUUGACGAGUGCGGGGGAAGCCCAUGCCAGAAUGGUGGAACUUGCUUUGAUGGUAUCAACGAAUUCCGGUGUUACUGCAGUCCCGGUUUUACAGGACUAGAAUGUGAAACGAACAUCGAUGAGUGUGCUGAAAGGCCGUGCGUAAACAUGGCAACCUGCAGUGACGGCAUAAAUGACUUCGUAUGCAGCUGUCUUUCAGGUUAUACCGGAAAAACCUGUAGCGUUAACAUUGAUGAAUGUGUUAGCCAGCCAUGCCAUAACAAUGGGACAUGUACUGAUCUUGUUGACGGUUUUAGCUGUGAGUGUCCUGCAGGGUUUACAGGAAGCCAAUGCCAAGUGAACAUUGAUGAUUGUGCAGAACACAAUUGCUCUGUGUUUGCAACUUGCAUUGAUGGCAUAGAUGUCUACCAUUGCAAUUGCAUCCCAGGAUAUACAGGGAAAUUAUGCGAAGAAGAAAUAAAUGAAUGCGACUCUUUCCCGUGCGCAGACGGUUCUACUUGUAUUGAUGAGGUUAACAACUACACCUGUGUUUGUUCUGGAGGGUUUUCUGGGAGCAAUUGUGAAACCAACAUCGAUGACUGUGAGGCGCAGCCGUGUCAAAACGGAGGACAAUGCGUCGAUCGUGUGUCAAACUUCAUCUGUUCCUGUCCAAUGGGGUUUUAUGGAAACCUCUGUCAACAUAUGACUGAUUACUGUCUAGAAGCAAAUUGCACUAAAAACACAAGUUACUGCGUGAACCGGCCUGAUGGGUUUUUCUGUAACUGUUCUGCUGGAUUUGAAGGAAGCAUUUGUGAGAUUGAUAUUGACGAAUGUGCGUCAAGUCCGUGUGCAAAUGGUGCCACAUGCAGCGAUGGAGUAAACGCAUUUUCAUGUCGUUGUACAUCAGGAUUUACGGGCGAGCUGUGUGACGUAAACACUGAUGAUUGCGUAGACAAUAAAUGUGCCAAUAAUGCAAGCUGUGUUGACCAUAUUUCCAGGUAUUCCUGUUCAUGCGUAAAUGGAUUUAACGGAACAUUUUGCGAAAAUGAUAUCAACGAGUGUAGUUCAUCCCCUUGUUUAAACAAUGGCACUUGUGUUGACCUUGUUGCUGACUUUCAAUGUCUUUGCCCUGGCAAACUUUUUGGAAAGUUCUGCGAGAUUACCAAUAAUCCUUGUGAAGCAUUUCCUUGUUUAAAUGGCGGUAACUGCAAACCCAUUAACGCCAUUGAGUUCAACUGCACAUGCGUCGUGGGCUUCACUGGAGAGAUCUGCGAGGAAAACGUGAAUGACUGCUUGUCUACCCCUUGUCCAUUGAACUCCCACUGCGUCGACUUGAUUAACGAUUACAAGUGUGUGUGUCAUCCAUCACAUACUGGUCCGGAUUGUGGGAUAGCUCUUGGCGACAACUUUGAUAUACUGUUCAAUCGCAAGACGUCAACAGACGUAGUAAUUGUCGCUGACGAAGGAAACAAACCAAAUUUAGCCAACAUUUCCAUAGCUUUCUGGCUGAAUGCCGAUGAGAAUUACCACAAUGGUACACCUUUCAGUUAUUACGUGCCAGGCUCUCCAGAAGAAAGAAUUGAGAUCUUUUUUACGGACUCAAAACUUCAAGUCAAGGUCAAAACUGAUUUACUUGACGUACCUUGCCGUAUAAUCGAUGGCAAUUGGCAUUUUAUUGGAGUAAUUUGGAGUGGAGAUCUGGGUAUAUUUUGCCUAUACCUGGAUGGUCAAGAACUUGAUAGAGUUAAUGUACCUACUGGUGCGUCUCUGGUAAGGGGAGGCUACAUGGUGUUAGGACAAAAAUACUCUUCUAAAACUGACAGGUACAUUAUAGAGGACUCCUACGCCGGGUUAAUGCAUCAGUUUCACAUAUGGCUCACCCUCGGAAGCACCAGUCACAUGUGGAAUGCUGCUCAUAGGUGUGCGUGGCCUAUUGGUGGCGAUGUCAAGGCCUGGGUUGAAUUCAUAUUUGGUUUAAAAGGCAAUACCCAAAAGAGAUUUCCUACGAGUUGCAAAGCCCUGGAAUUGUGUGAAAAGAACUGUUCCCAUAUAAUUGAAUGUAAAAACCGUACCGCAGACGAAAUGGUUUGCAAAUGUCAAGUGGGAUAUACAGGUACACAUUGUGACACCAACAUAAACGACUGUACACCAGGCUCCUGCGUCCGUGGAAAAUGCAUAGAUGGCAUUAACUCGUACAGGUGCGAAUGUCCCAAAGGAUUUUGGGGAAGCCGUUGUGAACAGGCUAUCAACGAUGAAAAGGAGUGCGAGCCGUUGGAUGAACCAGUGAAUGGAUAUAAACGGUGUAUGAGUUACUCGGGAAAGCAAGGAUGUACACUGGGCUGUAAAAAUGGAAUGGCAUUUUCCAGUAGCGCUGUUAUCGAAUACGAGUGUGGACCUGAUACAAGUUGGAAAUGGAACGGAGAAGUCAUCAAGACUCUUCCUAAAUGCCUUCGUAAGUAUCUAAAUCUAUAUUUUAUAUGCUCUGUUGUAGUCUGGAAAUCUGAUGAUGACCUAAAACUUUCCUGCUUUUACGUUAAGGCCAGACUAGACCAAGAAACGACAUGUCUGGUCAACCCGUAGCUGGCUUAAAAGUGCCAUCGUAGUGAGUUUGUUCGUAAAUUAGCCUUAUAUCAAUAACUUGAUAUCGCAAGAUAUGAGGACAGUACACAGGGUUUCUGAUUGGCUAAUUGCGAAUUUGGGUAUGGUAUAAAUUUAGAUCUAAAUGCCAAAUAAAACCCAGAAGAUUCAGCACUUGCCAG